AUGAAAUUCCUUAUUUUAUUAGUUGUUUUGUUAACAAUAACAGGCAGAACCCAAGCUGCUCUAACAGCUGCAGAGAAAACCUUAAUUCUCAAUACUUUUAACGGAUGGAGAGAUAAUGCUUUACCAAUUCCAACCACUCAUCUUUCUACAUUGACUUGGAAUACCGCUUAUGAAACCAAUUUGCAGAAAUAUGUGAACACUUGUGCCACCAGUUUUUCACCAUUCUCAAAGACAGCCAAAGUAGCUGAAUUCGUUAUAACUUUCUCUGGAACUUGGAACCUCAAAGUAAUCUUGGACUACAUUGGAGGUACUGCCGCCAAUUAUAAUUUCCACACCAAAUCAUGUGCCUCUGGAAAAUCUUGCUUACACGAAUACACUGUCGUUGCCAAAGGAAAGACAGCUGCAUGUGCUGUCAACAGGUGUGGUUCAACCUAUCGUUUCUACUGUGACUUUGAUCCAGUCGGACCAUACAGGGGAGUAAAUCCAUACCCAACUCCAACUCCAAACCCAACUCCAACUCCAACUCAAACACAAACCAUCAAACCAACUCCAACCCCAACCCAAACUCAAACAACCAAACCAACUCCAACUCCAACACAAACCCAAACCACAUCUCCAAAAUCAAAGACCAUCAAUUGGCAAUCAAAAUCAACUCCAGUCAGAGAUCAAGGUCAAUGUGGAAGUUGUUACAUCUUUGCUGCCUUUGCCAACUCUGAAGCUAGAUAUGUUAUCAAGACUGGUGCCAACCCUGAAACAGUCGAUUUCUCUGAGCAAGAAGGUUUGAACUGUAUCUCUGGUGGUUGUAACGGUGGUUGGCCAACUACUGUGUACAAUACCUUCAAGACCACCGGUUAUGGACCAGAGUCUGCCAACAAAUACACUGGUGUUCAAACUACUUGUACUCAGACAGCCACUCCACGUGUAUCCUUUACUGGUUUCACUCAGACUGCCAAAAACAAAGAUGCUUUAAUCGCUGCCUUACAGACUGGACCAAUUGCAAUCUCACUCCUAGCUGAUGAUGGUUUUCAAAGUUACAGCAGCGGUAUCUAUAAUUGUCCAACUAAAUAUACCUCUGUCAACCAUGCAGUAACAUUAACCGGUUAUGAUGAAGCAACUGAUUCCUGGUUAAUUAAGAACUCCUGGAAUACUUGGUGGGGUAUAGAUGGCUAUAUAAAAUUAACGGCAGCCAACGAUAACUGUAACAUUUUAGGUUACGCAUCUAGUUAUAUUAAUUAUUAA